AUGGCUAUCAUCUUUGUUUCUCUUCCUCUCCGUGCUCAGAUUCUUUGUGUUGUACUCGUGUUUUUUUUCACUAGUAUUGCAGCCCAAUCACAACAGACCAAUGGAACAGACUUUUCAUGCCCUUCCGAUUCACCUACUUCAUGUGAAACCUACGUUACAUACAUAUCUCAGUCUCCAAAUUUUUUGAGUCUUACCAGCAUAUCCAAUUUAUUUGACAAAAGUCCUUUGUCCAUUGCAAGAGCCAGCAGCUUAGAAAAUGAGGAAGAUCAGCUUAUUCCAAACCAAGUCUUACUGGUACCAGUAACCUGUGGUUGCACUGGAAACCGCUCUUUCGCCAAUAUCUCCUAUGAGAUUAACCAAGGUGAUAGCUUCUACUCUGUUGCAACCACUUUGUACGAGAAUCUCACAAAUUGGGAAGUAGUGAGGGAUUUAAACCCCAAUCUAAGUCCAAAUAUGUUGCCAGUAGGCAUCCCACUUGUAUUUCCUUUAUUCUGCAAGUGCCCUUCAAAGAACCAGUUGGAUAAAGGGAUAAAGUACCUGAUCACUUAUGUGUGGAAGCCCAGUGACAAUGUCUCCCUUGUAAGUGACAAAUUUGGUGCAUCACAACAGGACAUAUUGAGUGAAAACAACUAUGGUCAAAACUUCACUGCUGCAAACAACACACCAGUUUUGAUCCCAGUUACAAGCUUGCCAGAUCUUAUUCAAUCUCCUUCAGAUGGAAGAAAACAUAGAAUUCGUCUUCCGGUUAUAAUUGGUAUCAGCCUGGUAUGCACACUACUGGUUUUAGUUUUAGCAAUAUUACUGGUGUAUGUAUGUUGUCUGAAAAUGAAGAUUUUGAAAAGGAGCGCUUCAUCAGCUGAAACUGCAGAUAAAUUACUUUCUGGAGUUUCAGGCUAUGUAAGUAAGCCUACGAUGUAUGAAACUGAUGCAAUCAUGGAAGCUACCAUGAACCUCAGUGAGCAGUGCAAGAUUGGGGAAUCAGUGUACAAAGCAAACAUAGAGGGUAAGGUUUUAGCAAUAAAAAGAUUCAAGAAAGAUGUCACGGAAGAGCUGAAAAUUCUGCAGAAGGUGAAUCACGGAAAUCUGGUGAAAUUAAUGGGUGUCUCAUCUGACAAUGAUGGAAAUUGUUUUGUGGUUUAUGAAUAUGCUGAAAAUGGAUCUCUUGAUGAGUGGCUUUUUGCCAAGUCUUGUUCAGAGACAUCAAACUCAAGGACCUCCCUUACAUGGUGUCAGAGGAUAAGCAUAGCAGUGGAUGUUGCAAUGGGUUUGCAGUACAUGCAUGAACAUGCUUAUCCAAGAAUAGUGCAUAGGGACAUCACAAGCAAUAAUAUCCUUCUUGACUCUAACUUUAAGGCCAAGAUAGGAAAUUUCUCCAUGGCCAGAACUUUUACCAAUACCAUGAUGUCAAAAAUAGAUAUAUUUGCUUUUGGGGUGGUUCUAAUAGAGUUGCUUACUGGCAGGAAAACCAUGACAACCAAAGAAAAUGGUGAGGUGGUUAUGCUGUGGAAGGACAUUCGGAAGAUCUUUGAUCAAGAAGAGAAUAGAGAGGAGAGGCUCAGAAAAUGGAUGGAUCCUAAGUUAGUGAGUUACUAUCCUGUAGACUAUGCUCUCAGCCUGGCCUCCUUGGCAGUGAAUUGUACUGCAGACAAGUCUUUGUCCAGACCAACCAUAGCAGAAAUUGUCCUUAGCCUCUCCCUUCUCACUCAACCAUCUCCAGCUACAUUAGACAGAUCCUUGACUUCUUCUGGAUUAGAUGUAGAAGCUACUCAUAUUGUCACUUCCAUAGCAGCUCGUUGA